AUGCCAUCUGUAGGAGAUCAAACGGGAGGUUUGUUUACCAGCAAUGGAAACAUCUUUGAACUGACCCCUGGGGAGCGUGUGGUAAUGCGUAAAAAGCCGCGCUCUGGAUUCGAUGCAAUCCUGGCAAUUUUAGAUGAGAUUGGUUACUAUGGAGUACGACUACGGAGUCGGGAAGAGCUAAAUCCUUUUGAGACUUUGAUAGGAGGUCUUUCCUGGUGUAUUGGCUAUAUAAAGCCCGAAUUCAAUCGUGAUAUUGCCUAUUCGGAGGGGAUGAGUCUAGGGAAAAAGAUUGCCAUUUCCGAGAACAUUAUCAAAUGUCUCAUUCAAAUGAAGUAUCCAAAUCGCCUGAGUCCCCAGCAAAUCCAGGGAAUGGACUACAAGGCGAUGGAAACACUGCUGACCUGGUUAAAAGAGAAAAUCAUCGAAAUCCGCAAUUCUCUUCCUUCCUAUGAGUCGCUGGCCGCUCAGCGACUCUUCGAAGAUGAAUUCUGUUUUGAUGCUUCCGAUGCUCCCCCAGACGCUGUUUCUUCGCUCUGGUUCUCUUCUCCUUCUUCAACAUCAGCGACCGAUCUCCAGUCCACCGCCAUGCUUUCAUGCCAAACCACCUCAACGAUCAGUCGUCCUCUCCGUCUGUCCUAA